AUGCACUGCGAGGUGGCCGAGGCGCACUCAGACAAGAGGCCGAAGGAGGCCCCCGGCGCUCCGGGUCCCGGCCGGGGGCCCGCUGGCCUCGGCCCGCACAUGGCCUUCAGGGUCACGGUGAGCAGCGGGGGCUGCGGGGAUGGGGGUCCGCGUGACUUGCUGCCCGCGCCACUGCGCGCCCACGACCUCCUCGAGCCCCGGAGCCCCCGAGACUACGGUCCGUCCAAGGCCUCUGCCGCCGGUAAGGUGAACGGGAGCUACGGCCACUGCACUCCGGGCUCGGAGAAGAGUCUACUGGACCUGGACCUUGCUGAAGGCCCUGGCCCCCCCUGCCGCCAGGGCCUGUUUCUCCCUGCAGGAAGCCCACCACCCCGGGGCCACCCCUCAGCCUGUGAGAGGCUGCUGCAUUUCCCCCACCCCAGCAGGUCGCCCAGGCCCCAGGCCACCUAUGUGAACGGAGGCCUCCCGGCCACACAGCACAUCAAGCAGGAGUCCCUGCCUGACUACCGGGCCAUGACGGAAGCUCGCGCACCCCUGUCUGCCCACUGCCGGGCCCCACCAGCCACGGGCCUGCACACAGACAUGGACCUCUUGGGCCGAGGCCUCGCCAACCCUGCACCUUCCUGCUACCUUCUGGGCAGUGAACCCAGCUCUAGCCUGGGCCCCCCACCUGAGGCCCACCUGCCCGAGGGUGGCCUGAAGCGCUGCUGCCUCUUGGGCCUGCCCCCCGCAUCCUCAGCCUCCACCUCGCCCUGCGCCUCCUCCGACAUCACCUCCAUCAUCCGCUCCUCCCAGACAGCUCUGGUCACCUGCGUAAAUGGACUCCGGAGCCCCCCUCUGCCGGGAGACCCGGGGGGCCCUCCCAAGAGGGCCCGGCCCAGCCCUGCGUCCACCGAGAGCCACGAGGGCAGUUUGCAACUUGAAGCCUGCCGGAAGGCCGGCUUCCUGAAGCAGGAGCCCGCGGACGAGUUCUCAGAGCUCUUCGGGCCUCACCAGCAGGGCCUGCCACCCCCCUACCCCCUGUCUCAGCUGCCGCCUGGCCCGGGCCUUGGAGGCCUGGGGCUGGGCCUGGCGGGCAGGGGCGUGGCUGGGCGGCAGGCGUGCCGUUGGGUGGACUGCUGUGCAGCCUACGAGCAGCAGGAGGAGCUGGUGCGGCACAUUGAGAAGAGCCACAUCGACCAGCGCAAGGGCGAGGACUUCACCUGCUUCUGGGCGGGGUGCGUGCGCCGCUACAAGCCCUUCAAUGCCCGCUACAAGCUGCUCAUCCACAUGAGGGUGCACUCGGGCGAGAAGCCCAACAAGUGCAUGUUUGAGGGCUGCAGCAAGGCCUUCUCGAGGCUGGAGAACCUCAAGAUCCACCUGCGGAGCCACACGGGCGAGAAGCCAUACCUGUGCCAGCACCCGGGCUGUCAGAAGGCCUUCAGCAACUCCAGCGACCGCGCCAAGCACCAGCGCACCCACCUUGACACGAAGCCAUACGCCUGCCAGAUCCCUGGCUGCUCCAAGCGCUACACAGACCCCAGCUCCCUCCGCAAGCACGUGAAGGCCCAUUCAGCCAAAGAGCAGCAGGUGCGUAAGAAGCUGCACAUGUGCCCUGAUGCUGAGGCCAAUGUCCUGACCGAGUGUCUGGCCCUACAGCAGCUCCACGCAUCCACACAGCUGGCUGCCAGCAAUGGGAAGGGUGGCCGCACCCUGAGCCAGGAGCUGCUCCCAGGCGUGUAUCCUGGCUCCAUCACCCCCCAUAACGGGCUCGCAUCAAGCAUCCUGCCCCCUAUGCACGAUGUCCCUUCCAGGCACCACCCACUGGACGCCACCACCAGUUCCCACCACCAUCUGUCCCCUCUGCCCACGGCUGAGAGCACCAGGGAUGGGUUGGGACCCGGCCUCCUCUCGCCCAUGGUCAGCCCACUGAAGGGGCUUGCGCCACCGCCACUGCCACCGUCCUCCCAGAGCCAUUCUCCAGGGGGCCAGUCCUUCCCCACGCUCCCCAGCAAGCCACCCUACCCACCCUUCCAGAGCCCUCCGCCCCAGCCCCUGCCCAGCCCGCAAGGCUACGAGGCCCUGGCCGAGGCCCCGUGCCCCACAGUGCUGCCACCACAGCCGUCGGAAGACGUCGUGUCCAGCGGCCCCGAGGACUGCGGCUUCUUCCCCAACGGGGCCUUUGACCACUGCCUGAGUCACAUCCCCUCCAUCUACACAGACACCUGAAGGAAUGCCUCCCACACCUGCCUGACCUCCACCGCAGACGCUCUCUUGCCCACCCCGUCGUCUGUUCCCACCUUCGGGGCACCCAGCCCGAGCAGCCAGGCCACUGCUCCGCAGAACGCAGGGUGCCUGGUCUGCAGCAGCUGCACAGCGCUGGCCGGGAGUGAGCCUCUGAGCCUGAGCCAGGUGCUCAGAGGUGCCCUUCAGGAUCCGUGACCUGUGGCAUCCCUUGACUGCGUCUUCCUUUCGUUUCCCCAAUGGUUUCGAAAUCACAGACCUCGUGUAUAUAAAAUGUACAGAACUUGUUUUCCAUUCCCCUGCAAGUUUUAUAUUUUUGGUUUUACAAGA